GCUGCCCCAUCCUGGCGCCAUCUGCCCGACCGGGGGGGCCCUCAAACCCGCAAACUUCAUGCCCUAUCCGAAUCGGCCAAACACGACUUCGCCAUUGUUCAAUCAACUCCAGCCCGCCCGGCGUUUGAUCGCCCUCUGCCUGUCUAUGCGCAGCGGAGCAGCAAGCAAAAAAAAAAAAAAACGAAAACAUGUCCAAUGGCCCGAGUGCAAAACAACAGCAGCCAACUGCCGACGGACGGAAGAAUCAACGACGUCGUCGUCGUCAACAGCGGAACUCCAGAACCGCCCAGGCAAGGCCCCGUCAGGGUCCGCUUAGCCAGUAGCCCCUCGAGCCAUCCCAAUCGGGCCUCACUAGCCACACCUCUAAUUUCCAUUGCAGCUGUGGCGCUUCGUAUCGCCGGAAGCUUAAUCAACCACGCAGUUUGACCUUUUUUGGCCUGCCCACUCCCCAACUCCGCCAGCAAUUGCUCCACUUACGCUGCCUUCUCUUCCGUUUGUGUCGCUGCCAAUCUCCACGCCCUCCUCCAAACGGGCAAAUGGCACUGGCGGAUGGUUCCCUCCUCACGUCCACCGCGCCACAUCAUCACCGACAACAGCAUUCAACAUUGUUCAAUUCAUUCACCGCUCCCAAGAAUACCGCCGUCUACUCCCCAUCUUCAAACUUCAAAGCCGUUCGUUUCUCAUUCUUGUUUAUUUGUCACUUCGGAUUCGAUUCCAUUGGAGAGAUCUUGAACCACCAUGGCUGUGACGCAAUUUUUAGAUCCAACCCCACAUGCGUUGCACAGUCGGACCGUUCGACCCAGAAACAUUUGUGUUUUUUUCUUCUUUUUCCCCGUCCUGUUGGGCUGUGCCACUCUCUUUCGUCGCUGUUCGUUUGUUCGCAUGUCCUCCUUAUUGGAAAUCUGUCACCGCCUGCCUACCCGCUUACUUCGGUGUCCCUCUUGUCCCUCGCUUCUCUCUCGUGCGCGCGCCCCCCAAUGGCACGCCGUAUAUCGGCAUGAACACGGUCACCAUGCCACCCGAAACCCUGGGAAAGAUAAAAACAUAUCCCUCCUCAAAGCCGUGUUGGUAGACCGACCAACUUGACACCCCAUCGCACCGCCACCUUUUUUUAACCCUCUCCCCCCCGGACACACGAGUUUCCGAACCCAACAGCGUGACAGGCGGGCGUCUAUAUUUGUGUAGCGGGGGACUGACUGUGAACACAGAGGGAACAUGCCAGUUGCCAAUCAUCUUCUGACCUGUCCUUCCAUCUAUCAUGAUCAUGUGCAUCCAUCCAUUCAACUUAUUUCAAGAGCUGUCAUCGUUGUUGUUAAGACAUGCAUCAAAACGCCUCGACUAGUGCGGCGCCUUUGUCUUUCCCCCCAUCUUUUCUUAGCGUGCUGAAGGAGCAUUUAAAAACUUUGCAAUAAUCUACGCACCCGCUUGCAGCGGCGUAUCUUUAUUGCUUAGUUCGUUGGUUUUGUUGCAUGGCUGGGGGGAGGGAGCAGUACUGUUGCAUUGCGGUGCGGUUGUCGGUCUGUGGUUUGUGCUGCGGCGUCGUCGUUGCUUUGUUGUUGCUUGCUGGCUAGUGCGUGUGGCACUGGGCAAAGGUUAUUUGAACGAACGGUGAACCCUAUCCAUCGGUCAAGGUUGGCUACUUCGAUUGCGCCAUUUUGAUGCUGUGCACAAUUGUCUUGGAUUCUUUUUUUCUGUUUUAGAGUUCUGAUAUUAUCUGUUUUUGUGGCUGAGAGGCUGGGUUUCGGCUGCGCGUCAUCGGAUUGGAUCUAACAGUAAAAAGGCAUAUUGUACUGUGCACAGCUUAAUCUCAUCCACCUACGACACUCAUCUACGCAAUCCACGAAUCGCACCCAUUUCCUCUCCCCUGUCCCUCUGCAUUUGCUUCUUCGCGAAUACCAUCUGCGCUUUUAUUCUUCCUUCUUGUUGCCUUGCCUUGCCAUACCCCUUCCCAACCCCAUCAAACAAUAACCACUCGCGACUACAACAUUACAGAAAUUCACCCCUCAUCCCUGCUCCUCUUGCACUCCGCAGAUCCCCGCCCCACGCAAAGAGAAAAGCGCCGAUCCACAUCUCCCAGCACCAGCAUCAAAAAAUAUCCCGACGAAUCAUUGACCCGCAUUUCUUUUCU